UCGGACCACAACAACACGGACACGCCGCAGCCGCCAUUAUUUUCGUCUCUCGUCGCCCGCCGAUGUGAUUCAUAUCUAUUGCUAGCGCGUCAGGUUUUUAAAAAUAUUUCUUUAGGAAUCGCUGUGUGUGUUAUGUCCAAAAUGUCGAACUCAUUGGACGAUUGGCAGUAUGACAUCAACGAUCUUGUAUGGGCCAAGAUGAAAGGUUUCCCGCCCUGGCCUGGACGCGUAACUGAACCUACUGAUGUUUUAAAAAAAGUGUUUAAGAAAAACUGCAAGUGUAUAUUCUUUUUUGGAACUGAAAAUUAUGCUUGGAUUGAAAUUGGUUGUUUAAAACCAUAUUAUCAAUUUAAAAAUUCAUUGGCGUUCAGCUGCAAAACAUUACUUUUUAAAGAAGCUUGCAAAGCUAUAGAAAAUUACAUUGCAGAAAAUAAAACUGCUAUUAAGAAUAAUGGAAUAUCUGAAACUGAAUCCCGGUUUGAGAAUUUAGUUAAAAAUGAAACACCAACAUCAACACCAACAACAACACCAGUUGUCAAAAAAAAACUUUCUAAUGCUCGCACUUCUACACCGAACACAUCAGUUAAGAGACGUAGCAAAUUACAAGUUAAGUCUUCAUCUAUGAACUCAGAUGAAGCUAAAAAAUCUAAAAAACUGCGUCUGAAUUCUAGUUCCAGCAAUACUGAUAUACUUACAAAUCUUGGCUUAACAAAUAAUCAUAUUAGCCCUCUUCGUAAGAAUAACACAUUGCUAGAUAGGCCUGAAGUUAAACAACCGGAAAGCAGUCUCUUAGACAUGACAAAAAUAUCUAAAACUUUAAUGAACAAGAAUAUCUGUCCAUCAAAAUUGAAAUUCGGAUUCAUUGGAUUGGGUAAUAUGGGAUCUGGAAUUGUUAAAAACUUAUUGAAUUCAGGACACCAAGUGAUUGUUUGGAAUAGAAGUGAAGCUAAGAGUGAACAGUUUAAAAAUGCAGGAGCCAGUGUAGGAUUAACUCCGUCUGAUGUUAUUGGUGGUUCAGAUAUAACAUUUUCUUGUGUUUCUGAUCCACAAGUUGCAAAGGAUAUGGUAUUUGGAAAUUGUGGAGUACUUGCUGAAGUUACUACAAAUAAAGGAUUUGUUGAAAUGAGUGGUAUUGAUCCAGAAACAUCUCAGGAUAUUUGUGAGGCUAUUGUAGGCAAAGGUGGGCGUUAUUUAGAAGCUAUGAUUCAAGGUAGUAAGACCGAAGCAGAAGAAGGAAAUUUAGUCUGUAUGUCUGCAGGUGACAAGAGUUUAUUUGAUGAUUGCCAGUCAACAUUUUGUGCUAUUGCUAAAAAUUCAUUUUAUCUUGGUGAGGUUGGGUCAGCCACUAAAAUGAAUUUAAUUAUAAAUUCUAUCAAAGCUGUUUCACUGGCUGGAUUAGCUGAAGGCAUGGCUUUAGCAAACAGAGCAGGAAUAUCACAAAAAGAUUUGCUUGACAUUUUAGCAAUGACUUCAUUACAGUGCCCAUUGUUGUUGGAAAAAGGAGAUGCUAUGAUGCAAAACAAUUUUAAAACAAAUCAAGCUCUGAAACAUAUACAGAAAGAUUUAAACUUGUCAUUAAACUGGUCAGAUAUAUUGGAGCAGCCAUGCCCAGUUACAGCAAGUGUAAAUGAAGUAUUUAAACAUGCAAAACGUCUUGGGUAUAGUGACCAUGACACUAGUGCAGUAUAUGUUAGAGCUAAAUUUUGAUUUUUUUUUUUUUUUUUUAAUUCUUAAAAUUUUCCUUUUUUUUGGACAUUUA